UUGGGGGCGGGGUGAGGGUGGUAAGGCUCCCCCUGGUGCCCAACCCCACCUCCUCAAGACGCCUGCAUGCACAGGGCUGGGGGUGAGGGAAGAACCCCCUGCUUCUAGGACCCCUGACCUCUGUGCUGUUCUCUGACCCCUGGGUCAGCCCGCAGCAGGGACGAAGGUGUCAGGAAGUUGAGGAAGAGAAAGUUGAGGCAGAGCUGGGUCGCCCUGCAGUGACGCCGGGCCCUGGCCCAGUGAUGUUUCCCUAGCCGUGGGUCGAAGGGCACUGCAGGAGCUGUGAGAAUUGCCCCUAAUUGCCCAAUGGACACCCGCAGCACCGAGGACAUAGCUCCAUCUGGCUCUGAUUCCAAGCCAUGUGUCCAGCCCUUUGACUCUGGGGCUGCAGCCUCAGCCACCAACAGCAGCAGUGGUUCCUGCCCUGGACACUGGAGGCGUGAGAACUCGGACUUCUUCUCCACCACGAGGGAUGAGCAGGAAGAAGAUGGCUUUCCAGGGCGGCUGGACGAGAGCUCUGAGGACCUCAGCCUAGACUUGGGAGCCCUUCAGGGCAGCGACUAUCUCCAGGACCUGGGCCUGGGGGCCCCUUCCCAUAGCCUGUCUGAGGAGGCCAAUGACAGUUCCCCCCCUAGCGGAGCUGGAGGAGAUUCGCCCUUCUACAGCUGGGCAGGGUCCCUGGGCCCGCAGGCAAGGAGGCGCAGCUGGGAGCGGUCACGGAGCUGCUCGGAAAGCUGGCAGAGGCUCAGCCUCGACAUUUUAGAGGUGGAUGAGGGGCCUUCUCUCCCUCGGACACUGGCCAGCCUCACUCUUAACCUGUCAGGAGGGGGCCUGCAGGCCUGGACCCAAGGGUGCCUAACUGGGGGCGAGAGUCCAACAGAGCACCCAGGCAAGGAAGGUGGCGGCACUGAGAAAAGAAGGCGGUCAUGGUCAGUUCCGGUGUCCUCUGACGAGAUCAGCUCCCUGAAGCUCCCUCAGGCUCUGGAGGUGCCCAGUCCAGCUGUUCAAGGUCUGGACCCCCCAGUGCUGGAGUGGGUGGAAAAGGACCACGUGGAGCCCGAUCACGUGGCUCGGCAGAGGGCUCGCUUGCCGGCCAGCCCUGGGGCAUCCCAGUCCAACAUCACCUGGUUCGAGUUCCUGUCUGAGAGCGAGGAUGGCGGAGGCAGGACAGAGCGAAGUGACAGAGGGGCCAGGGUGAAGCGCAGCCUGAGCUCGCUCCGCAGCCGGGUCACCAGGCAGAAGGAGAAGGGUAAGAAUCCAGCCCAUCAGAAGGACAAGGGGCAGGAUGCUCCAGAGAGGCGGGAGUGUGUCAACGGGCACCAGCUGGUUCAAGGAACUUUCCGUAACCACUUCAGCUGCCCCCUGUGUGGCAAACCGUUCCUGAGAUCCGCCUCAAUGAAGGAGCGCCCACGGGGCACCCUUCUGUCCCCCGAUGACAGCCCGAUCCUGUCCAAGAAGGCCGGCAUGACGGUCCCGCAGAAGGGGGCUGCACCGCCAGCACUGAGCCCGACUGGAACAGGGGCGCGACUCGGAUCGGUUACAGGAGAGAUGGAUGACACCGACUCCGGGUUCUCGAAAUUCAAGCAGGCGGCUGAUGACUCCGUCUCACUUCCGUCUUCGAAUGCCGAGUCCGUUUUUGUGGAAGAUCCGUACACCGCCUCGCUGAGGAGUGAGAUCGAGUCAGACGCCCACGAGUUCGAGGCCGAGUCCUGGAGCCUGUCUGUUGACCUGGCGUACGUGAGGAAGCAAAAGCGAGAGGUGGUGAAAAGACAGGAUGUCCUGUACGAGCUGAUGCAGACGGAGGUGCACCAUGUACGCACACUCAAGAUCAUGCUGAAGGUGUACUCCCGGGCCCUGCGCGAGGAGCUGCAGUUCAGCAGCAAGGCUAUCGGCCACCUCUUCCCGUGCGCGGACGACCUGCUGGACAUGCACAGCCAAUUCCUUGCCCGGCUGAAGGAGCGCCGCCAGGAGUCCCUGGAGGAGGGCAGUGACCGCAAUUACAUCAUCCAGAGAAUCGGGGACCUGCUGGUGCAGCAGUUUUCAGGUGAGAACGGAGAAAGAAUGAAGGAAAAAUACGGCAUCUUUUGUAGCGGCCACAACAAAGCUGUCAGUCAUUACAAGUCGCUGCUGCAGCACAACAAGAAAUUUCAGAACUUGAUCAAGAAAAUCGGCAACUUUUCCAUCGUGCGGCGGCUGGGCGUUCAGGAGUGCAUCCUUCUGGUCACCCAGCGCAUCACCAAAUACCCGGUGCUGGUGGAGCGCAUUAUUCAGAACACGGAGGCUGGCACCAAGGACUACGACGACCUCACCCAGGCCCUGAACCUCAUCAAAGACAUCAUCUCACAAGUGGAUGCCAGGGUCAGCGAGUGCGAGAAAGGCCAGCGCCUCCGGGAGAUCGCAGGGAAGAUGGACCUGAAGUCCUCCAGCAAACUCAAGAACGGGCUGACCUUCCGCAAGGAGGAUAUGCUGCAGCGGCAGCUCCACCUGGAAGGCGCACUGUGCUGGAAGAGCACGUCAGGGCGCCUGAAAGAUGUGCUUGCUGUUCUGCUGACAGACGUCCUCCUGCUGCUACAAGAGAAGGACCAGAAGUACGUCUUUGCUUCUGUGGACUCGAAGCUGCCCGUCGUGUCUCUACAGAAGCUCAUCGUGCGGGAGGUGGCCAACGAGGAGAAAGCCAUGUUCCUCAUCAGCGCCUCCCUGAAGGGGCCUGAGAUGUACGAGAUCUACGCCGGCUCCAAGGAGGAGCGGAACACCUGGAUGGCCCACAUCCGCAGGGCCGUGGAGAGCUGUUCAGACGAGGAGGAAGGUGCCUUCAGCGAGGCCGAAGAGGAAAGGAAGAUGGUUGAGGCCCGUGCCAUGAGACUGAGGGACUUUCAGGAACGCCUGAGCAUGAAAGACCAGCUGAUCGCCCAGAGCCUCAGCGAGAAGCAGCAGAUCUUCCUGGAGAUGUCCGAGAUGAGCGGCCUUGAGGACUGCACCCAGGGCCCCCAGCCUCGGCUGCUCUUCCGGGGAGGGGACCCCUCCGAGAACCUGCAGGGGGAGCUGAUCCUCAGGUCCGCCAUGACGGAGAUUGAGGACAUCCAGAACCUGCUCUGUAGGCGGCUGGGCAGUGCCAGCGGCCAGGCAGAGGACAGCAGCAGCCUGCCCCACAGGGCAGAGACCUUCGGGGGCCAUGACAGCACCGUCAGCCUCAGCAAGAAUGGCAGUUUCAAGAAAAAGGUCUGCAGCAACGAGCCCAGGACCUGCGACUGCAGAGGCCCUGCGAGCAGCCCCGAGGGGAAGCCCAGCGACACCCCAGGGGCCCCCGAGGAAGCCCCCCAGGCAGCGCCAGGUGCAGACAGCAGUCCCUGUGGCCUGGAGUCGGAGCUUGUCCAGCGGAUCCAGACGCUGUCCCAGCUGCUCCUCAGUCUCCAGGCGGUCAUCGCGCAGCAGGACAGCUUCGUGGAGAUGCAGCGGGCCACCAUCCAAGAGCGUGAGAAGCAGCUGCGGCUGCAGUCAACACGCGGGAGCCUGCUGUUGGAGCAGGAGCGGCAGCGCACCUUUGAGAAGCAGCGCGAGGAGCUGGCAGGCGUGCAGAAGCUGCAGGGCCAGCUGCGCCUGGAGCAGCAGCGCUGGGAGCGCGAGCGCACACGGCAGCAGCAGGAGCUGGAGCUGGCGGCUGCCCGGCUGCAGGAGCGCGAGGACGAGGCACAGCAGCUGCAGGAGCGGCUGGGCCAGGAGCGCGCGGAGCUGGAGCGGCAGCGGCAGGCCUACCAGCAUGACCUGGAGCGGCUGCGCGAGGCCCAGCGGGCCGUGGAGAAGGAGCGAGAGCGAUUGGAACCGCUGCGGCGGCUCAAGAAGCAGAACACGGUGCCAGCGGUGCUGUCCGCUGAGGCGGCCGCAGAAGCUCUGCCCCCAAGCCACCCUGCCAGCUUCAACAGGGAAGGGCUGGACGGGCUCUCGGCCCUGACCAAAGUGCCAGGGAUGCGGAUGAGUGUGCUGCUGUCCGGAUCCGGGCCUGAGUACACAGAGCACCCCGAGGUGGCACGCCGGGACAGUGUGCCAGCCGAGAGCCGGCUAGCCAAGAACGAUGUGCCCAUCCAGCUGCUCAGCGCCACCAACCAGAUCCAGCGGCAGGCGGCCGUGCAGCAGCAGAUCCCCACCAAGCUGGCCACCUUCACCAAGGGCAGCAAGGACAAGGGGGGCAAGAGUAGGGGCUCCCAGCGCUGCGAGAGCACAGCCUCCUUCGACCUGAAGCAGCAGCUCCUUCUCAGCAAGCUGAAGGGGAAGGACAUUGUCGCCACCGCACGUACCCGCCGCCCACUGAGCCCUGGCCUGCUCGGUGGCCAGAGUGCCACACAACCCCCAGAGCCCUGCCUCCCGUCCCCGAGCCCAGUUCCUGCCAACAGCACACCCGAGCAUGUCUCCCCAAGGCUGAGCGCGGGCACAUCCUCCCUGCCCCUGCCACCGCCGGCCACCCCACCACCCGCCGAGGAGGAAACCAGCAAGGAAGAUGUCAUCUUUUUCUAG